AUGGCUUUCCGUGCAGCUACACAACACGCAUUGAACAUGCGUCUCAUUAUGAACACAACCCGUCAACCUAUUGCCAUCACUUCAGUCCGUCCUCAAUCCACCUUGAGCACCGGUGAAGUUGUAUCCGAUCCUCAAAUUGGUGAUUAUCCCAACUUGCCUCGCAUCAGUGCACAAACCAGAGGCCCCUUUGGUUGGGAUGAUCCUCAAGACAAGCGUAACUUUGGUGAGACUCUUCACGAAGAAGAUGAAAUCAUGGGUGUUUGGGCUCCUGAUCUUCACACUUACAGCCCCUACAAGGCUGCUAGUCAAUUCGCUCUCUUUGCUGCCGUCUUUGCUGGUGUUGCCGCUACCGUUUACAAGUUUUACCCUGACAAGGUCGCUGUCCCUCGUACUUACCCUUACAAUGGUUUGACUGAGGAGUUUGGUGCUCGUGAAGGUGAUAUUCGUCCUCGUGGUGCUCGUGCCGGCCAAGAUGAGGAAUAA